AUGUCGGACUGGAAGAGUUCCACGCAGGACCCGAUCAUCCUGUGCGAUGAGAUUGAGGGAUACCACCAGGACGCGUCAGGCCGCAUCUGCCCAUCGGGCACCGCAGAGGAGACGAUGGAGACGAUUCGAUCUGGCGACAAGACCGACCAGUUGGAGGCCCCCAUCCGCGCGCGCGCCGCGGCCGCGGGGCGGCGCCGCCGAGGGCUGUUCUGGAACGAGAGGGGCCUCUGGAAGCCGAAGAGGGAAAUGCCCUCUGGAAAGGCGGUGGAGGCGGGGCUCUCGGGUUCGGGGGCCUUCGUCUUGAAGAGCGCCGAGAAGGAGAAACUGUGCUCCCAAACGACGGGGCACCUUCGCGCCUGGACGCAGGGUCUCGCCAAGACGACCCACGCGGACUCGCGCGCGACUGCGACGAGCGACCUCGACGUGCUCGAGCACAGGAAGACGCCGCCAGCGAGAGCCGAGCAAGCGGUCAGGAUGACGAAAGAAACCAUCGAGGCCGCGAUGCAGCAAAUGCCCGCCCAUGCCAGGAAGCUGAUGACACUCGCCCUGAAACAACUACUUCGGUGCGCCCAGCAGAGCAGGGACAUGGGCAGCGUGAUCUUCGCUGCGUGCGCCCUGCUGAGCAGCGGCCCGAUCGCCCCGCGCGCGCCGGACCAGGCGGCGGCCCGCGGAAAGAUUCACGCGAUGGGCAGUCUCCUGGCGGCGGCGAAGGAUUUGCAGCCCGAGGAACCGCUGAAAUCGAACAUGAGCAACGUGCGCGCGGACUGCGACUGCGACGACAACGGGCAGAAGUGCGAGCUGGUGCUCUUCUGCAGGGCCGACAGAAUGCACGAGCCGAACGAGUUUGGCUCCGAAGACCUGAAAGACACAGAAGGCUCGUUCGUGGCUGAGGCAAACGCGAGCCCUGAGGACUCAGGCGUGGAGAAGCGCAGCCAGCAGCACUACAUGGCUACGUACAUCAAUGACGAGAGCUUGUUCGACAUCAAAGGUGUGGCCAGGGUCAGGGCAGAUGUUCUGCAAUCGACUUCGCUCAUGGCCGACCUCGGAGCGAGCCAGCAGCAGCAUCACUCCCAGACGCACAUGCUCAUGGAUCAUACGCAGCAAGCUGGGAGCGAACGCGAAGCGAACAAGCAGCGCAUGUUGCAGAACGAGGAAAGCCUACUUCGGUUCAAGGACGCCUGGGGCGACAUGCAGCAGCAGCUGACCACGCAGCCCGGCAAGAGGCAGGUGCAGGCCAUGGAAAAGUCCUGGAACGAGAACAGCACGGCCGUCUCUCACCGUUGCGGCAAGAGUGCAGAAGCAUCCAGAAUUCUCGACACCCAUCAGGAACACCUGCGGCAGUGCUUGAAAGAAGCUGCAGCGCUUGCAGGCGCACUCCGCGAUCUGGGGGUGCAGAAAGCACAGCUUCAGCAGGAGGCCAGCGCGUCAAAUCCUUGGCCGUCGGAUUGUCCGCAUAGCGAGAGCAGCACGGACCUCUACAUUGCAAGCAAGAAGCUUGAGGGCGAGCUCGAGGCGUUCAUAGAGCGUCCCAGGUCCCAGCUGGAGAGCCUGCUCGUUCCAGAAGCUCCCACAGCGAAGCUGGGUGGGGCGAGGUGCACGACCAGCAUCGUCUUCCUGGACGAGGGGGCCUCGCUCCAGGCGCUGCCGACGUGGAGCAUGAUCCCGAGCCGCGUGCGCGCGGCGGGACUGGCCGGCGCGCGCGGGGCCCGCCCCCGCACGCCGUCCGCGUUCCUGGAUGGCGCCGCUCCGGAGGACGCCGGCGCUGCCCUCGGGGGCACCGAGCGCCGGCGCGGCCCCUCCCCCGACGCCGCGGCCCGGGGCUUCGCCGCCGUCAAGCAGCGCAUCCUGCGCCGCGGCCAGCUCGGCGACCACAGCCCGAGGGGCCACAUCGACCCGCGCGUGGCGGAGAUCGUGGAGGAGGUGAACCGUCGGGAGGCCUUCGCGACGACCUCCAGCUGCAGCGGCCGCGUGCUGUUCCUGUCGCUCCGCGGCCAGCCCGAGGAUGGGCUUUCGGAGGAGGACGCGGGUCCGCCUUUGCCGGCCGUCCGGAGCACGUCGGGCAGGUGGCGCAUCUCGCACGAGGGCAUCUCUGACGCGCGCGCCUACUUCUGCCUCGAGACGGCACCCCUGGACGAGCACCGCGAGCACCUCUGGCUCGUGGUGCAGCCCUUUGACCUGCACGUCGCCUGCGCGACCUCCCGGGACGCCAGCAGGCUGCUGGCCGCGGCGCGGCCGGCGUUCCCGAGGGCCGCGGUCAUCGCCCCCGCGGGGGUGGCCCAUCGCUGGGGGGGCGGGUCCGGGGCGCAGCGCGCCGGGCGCACGGUCGUGUCGGUCCAGGGCGAGCAGCGGCUGCGGACUCCACGUAAGGAGGGGCCCUUCGCCGGAGUGGCCUUCUGGUGCGGGCCCAUUGGGGGUCCCCUGCUUCCUGGAGAGCUGGCGACUCUAUUUUUUUUUCGAGCUGGGCGCUUUCGCCCGCUUUUGGGCCCCGGGACCCUCACAGUCAGCUCGGAGAAGGGCGCUGAAAGACAGGGUUUGGGGCUCCAGUGGUGCUUUUUCACGAUGUCUCAAUUUUUUCGAGACGUCGGAUCUCCAGGCGAUCACCGAACACGAUGCGAUAGUAGCGUCUGGCUCGCUUGUGUUUGGUCCCCCAGCGGCCCCCAAAAAGCCGCGCGCCAAAGGUCACUCAUCUCCAUGGUCACUCCUGCGAGUAGCCGAGGCUGGAGAUGCCGUUCACGAUCGGCGGCCAGCUGGUCUACUGUGGCUGCCUAUCUCGAAGAAGAAAAACCCCAUAAGCAUAAACUGUUGGCCCUCCGCGCAGACUUCUUGGAUUUGCGCUGGACCCCCCUCACCGGCGCGCGGAGCGCGCCUGGGGCGGCGCGGGAGGCGUGGGGGGUCCAGCGCGAUCCAAGACAUCCGCGCGCAGCGCCACAAGUUCUUGUUUAUGUCGGUUUUUCCUGUUCUGUUGUCGGCCCUGGCGGGCAUAGUCAACCGCAAGCUCGCGAGGAACUGGGCCGCGAUGGACAGCUUCCUGGAGCUGCUGCGGGCCGAGCUCUGAGGCCGCUGGCCCCCGCAGGCUGUGCCGAGAACUGGGCCGCGGCGGACGCCCUCUUGGAGCUGCUGAGGGCCGAGCUCUGA